CUGCGCGGGGGCGAGAGGGCCGGGCCGGGCGCGGCGCUGGAGGCGGCCGGAGCAGGAGGAGGAGGGUCGCUGCCGGUGCUGCGGGAGAGCUCCGACAUAAUGUCAUCCCUACUACUUCUGCACACUUGAAGCACUGAUAAUGGUGGAGCUGUGGGCAGCGGCAGGAUGGAGCAGACACCAGGACUUUGUUCACCCACCRAGCUGGCUGUGCCCAUAUUGAUGUCCAGGGAGAGUGCAUCAUAAAGAGGAGAAGAGAUCACAGUGAAGUCCAUCAGAAUGAAGAGACGCAAGUGGCCCUACAAAUGUCCUUCACGAAGGAAAAUCCUGAUCCUGUGUUUUACUGGGUGGCUGAUUGCACUGUUGAAGCUCCUCCACGUUGAAAGACACUUUUUUCCUUCUAAAGGCAUUUACUUAGUUGAGCACUUCUUGAGCACUUCUUCYUAUGUUAGAAACAGGUAUUCAUACCCUAGAGAUGAGUUACAGUAUGAAAUUAAUUGUUCAUUUAUAUAYGAACAAGAUCCUCGUGAAAUUGGCAAGAGUUUGGAGAUAAGAAGAAAAGAAAUWAUUGAUUUAGCUGAUGAAGAUGUUGUAGCAAUGACAAGCGACUGUCAUGUCUAUCGUUCACUUAGGAAAUACCACCUCAAACCAGUUUCUCCAGAGGAGGAGAAUUUUCCAAUCGCCUAUUCUUUGGUUGUUCACAAAGAUGCAGCAAUGGUAGAAAGGCUCAUACACUCGUUGUACAGUCGUCAGAAUAUUUACUGCAUCCAUUAUGACCAAAAAGCAGCAAAAAGUUUCAAAUCUGCUUUGAACAAUCUAGCUAAAUGUUUCCCAAAUAUUUUCAUUGCAUCAAAAUUGGAGACAGUAGACUAUGCGCAUAUUUCACGUCUGCAAGCAGAUUUCAAUUGUUUGUCUGAUUUGGUGGACUCUCCAGUUGCCUGGAAGUAUGUUAUCAAUUUGUGUGGGCAAGAUUUCCCUUUGAAAUCAAAUUUUGAGUUGGUCGCUGAACUGAAGAAACUCGGUGGAGGAAACAUGCUGGAAACUUCAAAGCCAAGCAGUAGCAAAAGAGAAAGAUUUACUUAUCACUAUGAACUUAUGAAAGUGCCUUAUGAAUACAUGCAGAUGCCUGUAAAAACCAAUAUUUCCAAGAAUCCACCACCCCAUAAUAUUGAGAUAUUUGUAGGCAGUGCCUAUUUUGUUUUAAGCCGGGAAUUUAUUCAAUAUACCCUUGAAAGCACACUUGCGAAAGACUUUUUUGAGUGGUCAAGGGACACGUACUCUCCAGAUGAGCAUUUCUGGGCCUCUCUUGUACGUGUUCCCGGGGUCCCUGGGGAAGUUCCAAGGUCCUCCCAGGAUGUAACAGACUUGCAAAGCAAAACUCGCCUGGUGAAAUGGAAUUAUCUUGAAGACUAUUUGUAUCCUCCGUGCACUGGUACCCACCUUCGCAGUGUCUGCAUCUACGGGGCUGGAGAAUUAAGGUGGCUUCUGAAUUACGGGCACUGGUUYGCCAACAAGAUUGACUCCAAAGUAGACCCUGUCCUGGUAAAAUGCUUGGCAGAAAAGGUGGCAGAACAACAGAAGGAGUGGGUACAUUUGUCGUCUGAUGAACACUUCCUGCACUUAAGUUCUACGAAGGCCUCGAUGUAGCAGUGCUGUGUUCUCUGCCGGCAGUGCCAUGUGCUGCUGUAGCACAGCGCCUGCAGUUCUGCUGCCUUGACCUGCUGCAGGAUGGCAGUGAGAAAAAUAUCCAUUCUGUGUGAUGUCCAGGGCCCAGCAGAGCCAGGUGCCUGGCUAUUUAUUUAUGAAAAGUCAUGCGUCUCUGAUUAACUGUUUUGUAACUUGCCACAAUAAACCUGUAAUUGUCCUUAGGGUGAUUCUGAGACGGUGAAGUUUGCUUUUGGAGGCUCUUGCAUUGUCUGUCCCAAUGGAGUGUUUCAGAAAUGUAUUUUACUUCAAGUGUAUUUGUAUCUUUCAUAAGAAACUCCAAYACUUCUGUCUACCUGUUCUCUUUUCCUUCACUUUUGCUUUUGUUUAAUGAAUAAAGCAAAGACYUCUGCUACCUCAGGGAAACUGCAAGUGCCCAUCUCACAGACAAAACCAAGAGAUCAGCGUGAUGCCAAAUGAGCCGUGUGACCUCACCUGAAGAUCCACACUUCUCAUCUCUGGGACUGACACAGAUCUUUACAAUGUCAGUAUGACUGGAUCAUAUAAGGGAAAGAAGAUCCCUAUAUACUGCAUGGUCUCUACUACUGUUCUCUUCACCCAACUAACCUGUGCGUUGGUUUUUCUUCUACAAAGCAUGUGCUCAGGUGCUGUGCCAACAGUGUUGGUUUCACGAACAAUGAAAGUUGAUCGAAACAGUUGUGCAUUUAUGUGCACACAGUUGUGUAUUCUCCAAAGGCAGAAUACAUGCGUGCCCUAAGGAGAGUCUCUGCAACCUCUUGGGGGCAGGUAUCUGUGCCAAAAGAGGUAAUUUUUCAUUURUAUCUCUGCCUGUAAGAAAAUUCUUGUGUGAAAUCCCAGCCCUCUUGAGAUAAUAUGUCUACGCAUAGCAGUGGAUAACACUAUUUCUAGUUAGUGUUGAGCAGUGUGGUGUUUUGUCGAAGUGCAGGACACCCCAAGUUGAACAGUAAGCAUAAGAAUAGCCAUAUUGCAGAAAUGAAGACCCRCAUGAAGUGUCUUUCUGUGCAAGUCCCGUGGCUUUGUACUGCCAUGAUCCCAGGCUGGCAGGUGCCUGAAUAGACCCUGGUUCAGCUGCAGAGCAAGAGUCCUUCAGCAGCCCCUGCUUGCCAAGGCUCUGCCAGACCUCCCGGUACCACAGUGGCUCAGGAGCCUCCUCGCAGCUGGGCUUCCCAUGCUGCAGUACGAGGGAGGUGUUUGCUAGUGCGGGGGGCUGCAGAAACUCCUGCAACUCAGAAAUGCCACUUGGCAUUUUGGGGGUUUCCCUGGAGUGUUGCUCUGCCACAAGUUCAGUUUUGGUGGUUCUGGUGAGCCCUGGGAUUUAGCUUUCUCCAUGCCACUGUCUUCUUUCUAGCCAUCUGUCUUUUAUUAAGGGGCCUUUCCCCAUGAGUGACUUUGGGAUAUCUGUAUCUGGCCUUACUGAUCUACAGAUUGUGGCAGUAAUGACCCUGUCUCAUAUCGAUGAGAAAUCUUUGUUCCUUAUUUGAGCUGAAAGAAUCAAGUUGCAUUUUGGUCUCAGUUUCAGUUUAUAGAUUUAAUCACGGUGAAGUCGUCUGUGGCUUAAGACUGGUUUGAGAAUCAGGAGUCUCAGGUCUUUUUCCACAUUUGUGACACUGGUUUUCAAUAAGACCUCAGACAAGCCACCUGAGUUUUCUAUUUCAGCUGUUCCCRUUGUAAAAUGGGAACCAUAAUCUUCUAUUGUCUUGCUAAGCACUUUGAAACCUGUGGGUGUUGUGGGUUGGUUGCACAAAAAUAAUUAUGUAUCCAGCUAUUUAUGGAGUCCGUGGCUGCACAGGUCAGGUAUUUCUUUAAUGUACUGUUUCUGAAAUAAAUGGGGAUUAUUUUUUAAGCCUGUGUCGCUUACUUCAGUGACAUGCCAUGUCUGCCUAGGGCAGUUCUGACUUGAUGCAAUUUAUAAAUACUUUGUAGAAAAUGAAAUAUUGAURGUAUUUACAGAUUCACACAUUAGUACUUGCAUAUAAAAUAGAGUCCCCAUGUAGUAAAAAGGUUAAUAAAAGAGAAUGUUAGGAUCCCAAAGGGCCAAGCUACAGCCUUCUGUACAUGUAAAUUGAUGCUUAAUGAUAUGUUUGAAAUUUUGUAUUUAUUUAAACUGGCUUUAUGUAUGUAUGUACACACAUACUCAUUUGUGUUUAAUUGGAAUUUGAUCGGCCAUAAAUUUGUAAAAAUAAUCCACCAGCACAUUAAACUUCACUGAAGUAUGUAAUUUUAA